AUGGCGCAUUUGGAUAUGUUAAAAUCUGGCGACUACGCAGCUGUGAUUGCGUAUGUCACUGAAUACGUGGUGGUGGUUGACUUUCUUCAUUCGAGUGAGAUAACACUCGACUUGGUGGUGGGUGAAGAAGUCGAAGUGAUCUUCAGAGAUGACGAGAAGUGGUGGUUUGGCCGUCUUAUUGGGACGCACGAGAAGGGUGUGUUUCCGGCAUCAUGCGUAAGGAAGAAAUGGCCAGUGCCUCUAACUGGCCAUGGCCGUAACGACCGCCACUUCACAUCUUUCACAGCUCUUCCAAGCCAUAUUCGAGAGAAGAUAUAUGAUCAAUACUUUGGCUUGGAAGAAGAUGCAGCGAUUCGCGUCGUGCGACCAGCAGAACGCGAUGCUAUCCUGGCUCAGCCGACUCAGCUUUGGAUUUACCAAGACUCGGCUGGAGUCACCCGUACCACAAGGCUGCUUAGGAAAACGGAUAUCUUCGCAACCAGUCGUUUUGUGGCCAAAGAUAUCGUUCAUUGGCUCAUCUUGCGGUAUAGGUUGCGUAUUGUGACAUACGAUACGACUACCAGCUGGUUCCAAGAGAGAGACGAUGCGAGCGACGAUUUUUUCUAUCCACCUCGAACGGCAAGCCUCACGCUUCCGCUGGUGCGAUUCACAAGAGCUGUUAAUCGGCUCGAAGUUGACGUCAAGUACCUCAUCAACAUCCCUCAGAUGAUUGCCAAGAGCUGCGAUCUCUGCAAGAUCACAAGCCUUCGGUUGACCUUCAGGGCGUACAGCACUGCCAUAAAGGGCUACUAUCUGACCUUCAAAGACGUUGUACACGAACUUGAAAGCUUGGAGCAUCUGCGCGUGAAAGAUGAAGUAGAAUUUAUAUGGAUAGAAAUGGAAGAGAUGUGUGAGACGUAUUCUGCGUUGGACAGAGAAACGUAUUGCAGAGGGUUCCUAGAGGCUGUAGAGAUAUUGAAGCGGAAGAUUCGAACGAACUGGAUAAAGCAGUAUGCGCCGCAGCGUUUACUAACACCAUUAGGUGUCACAAAGAAUAUAUUUAAAAAGUAA